AUGGAUGAAACCGAGGGCUUUCCCGCAGCGGACGCCACCGAAAAAAGGCUCCCGGACACCCACUUCGCUGCGCCAUCCAUCUCGUCGUCAUUGCCCGUCGACACAUUCAUCAGAGGCAGACGACGAGAUGCUCACGCGCGCACGCGGCCUAGGCCCCUCGGGGCCGGUGGAACCCCUUCCCGCGCGUCAUCGUCAUCGCCAUUCCCAAACCCAUCGCCGGCUCAUUCGUUCGCCGUCGCCGUCGUCGUUGUCGUCGUCGUUGCCGCGACUCAGCCUCCUCCUCCUUCCCCAACUUUUGCUAAUAAACCCGGCCAUGACCCUUUGCCUCUAGCGCCUGAUCGAGAUUGCGCAAGCAACGACGGCUUCACGCUGCCAAAGCGCGGAGGGUGCCUGGGAAAUCAGACCAGAUUUGAUGGCUGUGCUGCCCCCGGCCGGGCCCUUGUCGAGCUGGAAAGACAAGACGCUGCUCAUCAGUGCUGA